GUCUCGCGAGAUUUUGCCAGCGGAAGUGUGUGCGGGUGAUUCUAGUUUCCCGGAAGCGGAACGAAAGGCCGGUCUCUAUGGCGGCGGCGCGGGGCUGGGUGCUGGCGGCGCUGCCGCUGCUGCUGGUCCUGGCGGUGCAAGGUCAGGAGGAGAAGAGCGACCCCGACAUGGUUGUACAGCCAGACCUGUCUGCAUCUGUGUCCAAUCAGCUGCCCCUACAGGGCAAGAAAAAUGAGUCAUUAUCAUCCAAAACGACCCCUCAGCCCGCCCAGACCUCCUCCGAGCCACCGGUGGUGACUGCCACUGUCGAGCACACCCCCAAGUCUGUGGCCCCCGGUGGGCCGGCCCCCAAGGGCGACAAGGAGCCUGUGGCCCCCGGUGGGCCGGCCCCCAAGGGCGACAAGGAGCCUGUGGCCCCCGGUGGGCCGGCCCCCAAGGGCGACAAGGAGCCUGUGGCCCCCGGUGGGCCGGCCCCCAAGGGCGACAAGGAGCCUGUGGCCCCCGGUGGGCCGGCCCCCAAGGGCGACAAGGAGCCUGUGGCCCCCGGUGGGCCGGCCCCCAAGGGCGACAAGGAGCCUGUGGCCCCCGGUGGGCCGGCCCCCAAGGGCGACAAGGAGCCUGUGGCCCCCGGUGGGCCGGCCCCCAAGGGCGACAAGGAGCCUGUGGCCCCCGGUGGGCCGGCCCCCAAGGGCGACAAGGAGCCUGUGGCCCCUGUUGAGCCCACCCCCAAGGGCGAUGAGCAAUCUUCAGACCCUGCUGAGUCUGUCCCUAAUCCACACCUGCCCAGGAAGCUGUCUCCCACGGAGGAGCUGGAGGAACCAGAGGAGGAUGGAAAGAUUGACAAAAUCUCUCCUCCCAGCGGGGAGAAGAAGGACAGUGUCCCCAUUGCCCCCAAAGACCCGUCUGAGAGCAGCCACUUCUUCGCUUACCUGGUGACCACAGCCAUUAUCGUCGCUGUCUUGUACAUUGCCUAUCACAACAAACGGAAGAUCAUUGCUUUUGCUCUGGAAGGAAAAAGAUCCAAAAUAGCCCGACGCCCCAAAUCCGGUGAUUAUCAGAGACUGGAUCAAAAGAUAUAAAUCUGUUCCCUUGGAAAUUCUGCAUGUUGCUGGGCUGAGCAAGGAUGCCAGAAUGCAAUGGCCAAGGAAGUGCUGCAACUCCCAGCAGCAAGGCUCCAGCCCUCCCAGCCACACUGCCAUGUCUUGAUCUCAGAGGGGGGUGGGGGGAGCAGGGAAAGUGCUUUUAGUUUUUUGCACCUGCACUUUGGUCAUGUUAAUGCUUCACUCUCCAUCUUUUUGGAUUCCCCUCCCUUCCCCUGCGCGCGCGCCCCUCCCCCCCCCCCCCCCCCCCCCCCCCCCCUUCCCCUUCACAGCUGCCUGAAACUGAGCUAGUUUUCCAGCUCUGGUUUCUUGCUUCCAUUCUGUGACAAAGGGAAAAACCAAGGGAAGAUGCAGCAAAGGACAGAAUUUCUUUUGCACCUAUACAAUGUGGAAUUGACUUCCUACUGUAUGGACACAAAGGUCUCUGGCAGAGGCCUGCCUGCUGAAUGAGCCAUCUCAGUCUCCCUCUUCUUGGUCCAUGGCGCUGUCUUUUGUACCGGCAUGGUUGGUCUUGACAAAUGAACAUUAUCCCCUUGUGUCCAAUGUGGGUGGACGCUAAAAUUCCUAGCCUAAUUGCACUAGUUCCAAAAAUGUUUGCCAAGGACUCUUUUGUCUGAUUGGUCUCUUGAUUCUCUGUGAGGACGACAGGGGUGGGGAUAACAUGAUUGUCUUCGUACCCAUGUUUGAGGUAACGGUGGAGUCAGCGCCUCAUGCCUCUUUUGACCCCUUUUGGGGUUUUUUCCUGUCUUCAGCUUUCCUGAUGGUAUUUCUCCUCCUGGGCUCCCCAAAGCUCAGGAGACUGCACUGAAGACAAAGCGUUGAGGUGGGAUGUGGUUAGGGAAUGCCACAGAUGCAUGCAUAGCUUGGUGCCAAAUCUCCUUAGCAAGGUUUUACUCAGCUUUGUCUCUGCAUGUCAAUGCCUGCCUCUGAAAUGUCACUUGAAUGUAAGGGUUAUGUGGACUCAAGUAGCUUCAGUGCUGGCAAGUAGCUGAUACGCCUUUCCUGAAAGAGCGGGGUCCGAGCCCUGAAUUUCCAGCCUGGGUUGUUCUAGUUGGCACUGGGUGGACUCGUAUUGAUCAGAGCUCAGCAUAGUGAGAUUGGUGUGAAUUGAAUGUCUGUGUGCAGGGUCUAGCUUUCAGUGUUUCUCCAUUCAAGCACAGAACAGAUGUUGAGAGGAUGGGGUUGGUGGAUGGCUGCUGACCAUGGAUGCAUUGCACAUGCAUUUUGUGCAUGCAAGUAGUAGUGUUGGAACUUGACUCCCUUAGGCAGGUGACUGAACUGUUGGUUGCUGUAGGAGGUCAUAUGAUGCAGCCAGAGAUGCCCUGCCCUGCCUGCUCUGCCAUAGACUUGGCAAACUUGGUGUCACUCAGUGCACAGCUGAUUUGUUCAGAAUAAAUGGGAGGGCAUCCUGGCUAGUGCAGAAAGAUUUCUUUCCAAGUGGGUGGGCAAUAGAGAAAAAAGGGAUUAGCUGAUAGGAUUGCUUCCAGCCAUCAGGUUGACAGGUCUCCCCUUCCCCUUGCUUUUGCUCCAGUCUCACUUCACUUUGAUUUUAGCUGAACGUGUCUUAAAACAGUCUGGUCCAUGCAGAGCUGAUUUCCUUGACACUGUGGAACACGUAGACUUAUUGCUUGUGGAAACCAAGAGUUGGUACAGGCUGGCAUUGCUGAUUUUGUAUUGUGAGGUAUGGGAACGGGUUAUUAUCUUCCAAAGGACAUAGUGUGUUUGGAAAGCCUGUAUGGGAGCAGGAUAGCUGGCUAGUGGGGUUGGGUGGCAUAUCUUGCUUCUCUCAUGGGCAGAAACCAUUACAGUAGCUUGUACAGGAGAAGUCUGAGUAAACAGCCACUCCUAGAAUAGAUGCUGACUGUAUCCUUGCUCCAUACACUCUUCAACUGAUGGAAGCCCAGGAAGAAUCUCAUCUCGUUUAUGUUAUCUUUGCUUGACUCGAGCCAAAGACGGCUUGUGAAGUCACCUUCUGUGUCAUCAGCUCUUCCCUCCUGCAGAUCUAGGUCAGUAGAUGUAGGAGUACUUGGUGAUCUUGUGCAGACGAGGUUUCAACCCACAAAAAAGGGAAAUGCCAGACUUCAGUUUAUUUCUCUUUACAAGCUACUUUCUUUUGCUGAAAACAUAGUCACACAAUAGGGGGAAAGAAUCCCUCUUGUUUUAAAAUGUAUCUGGAAGGUGCCGCAGUGAAGGUGGCUUUCAGUUUCUGAGCUCUGAGAUGAGAAGACCCCACUGGGGCAGGGCAGAAAAGCCAGGUCCUAGAAUAGAACUCCAGAAGGAAGUGUGGCAUCUCCACGGAGGAGAGCUUGCACGCAUGCAACACGCCUGCUAGCUAUUGCAAAGGUAGUGCAUGGCACGUUUGAGGCAGAUGGCAGGAAGCUGUGCCCACCACCUUCUUCGGUCAGUGAGGCAGAGUUGGAGGCAAUGCUUGAAUUUCUAUUUAUACUCAAGAACUCUUGGAGGAUGUGAUAAGUCGCACAGUUUGGAUCCCACUUCCCAUUUUCCUUGGGAGUCGUGGGGGGUGGCUUUGGAUUUCCGCCCCCCCUUGUUUCUGUUGCAGUUUUCAAUCGGGAAAUGUUUUAGAGGACUUGAACCAAACCAGUUUGUUGAGGAAAUCUGAGGCCUCCCCAACCUCUGUCUCUUCACUGACUUGAAUUAAAGAAGAAACUUUUCAGUUUGCUUGGGGAAACACAAUACCACAGAACCUGGCUACUCAGGAGCCCACAGGGAGACAAGCUCAGUCUCUCUCCUCUGCUUGGGCACUGCCUGUGAUACAAUCUGAUAGGUGCAAAGAUUUAAAGUCUUGAUAUAAAGAAUUAAAAUACAGGGAAAUUUUUCCUUUUUUUUCCCUUCUCCUGUUGGUCAUGGGGCUGUCUCAAAGAGUAGCUUGCCAUGUGAUGAGCACAAGGUCCAAUGAACAGACAUGCACAUGGUACAAUGAAUGCAAACUUCACAGGGUGGUAAGGGCAUCACCUGGCUCAUUCACAACCCCUUGAAAUAUGGAUCUCUGGCCUCACUACUUCACGCUUGUGAAAGCAACUGUUCAACUGCAGUGCUGUCGUUUAACAUGUAAAUGGAAAGAACAGCUGGUGAGGCUGAGUUGUAAUGCUUCUAUCUGUAAAGUCUGAAGUGUGCAAGACUUUCAGUGGCUGUCACUAUAAUUGGGAUCUUGGAAUGAUUUCCAUGUUGUGUUGAUCUUUAUGGUAAUGCUCUCCUAUGUAAGAUGAGAUGAUCCACAAAUAUCAAAGAGGUAUAUUGGAUAUUCCUAUGAUGCAGCUUUGUAACAGCAUCUGCUGGAGACACCUUUCUUGCCAAACACUGUUACCACAGUGUUGGGCCAGUGACCUUCCUGGGUUGAACCUAUGACUUGUUUGGUUUCUGCUGCAAAGUCAGUUUUGCUUUGAAGAAUCAGAAUUUUAUAUUCCUUUGUAACUUUUUUUCCCCCCCUGUGUGGUGAAAUCAAUGAAUGGAUCCAAUAAAGAAAUGUGAUUUGA